GAAGUGACCACAAACAGGCAAGUUAGAGGUCAGAGGUCAGGUUAAUCAGGUAUCAACAUCAUAGAACGUUAACCCUGCCUCCAGCAUUUAUCCCGCCCCUGAGACCUCGCUGUCAGGGUCACGACCCCUUGGACUGUUUAUUUCCGUAGCACCUGCUCAGGUGUGUUUCUGUGUUUGAGGCUCGUUUUCUGCCUCCAGACGUGACUCAGAGGUCACUUUCUUUAACAAAGCUGAGCUGUGAUUGGCUGCUUCACACCCAACCCCGGCCUGAGCUCCUCAGCGGUCUGAGGUUCAGCAGGUGGUGAGGGUGAUUACACACCUGUACACCUGUUAUUACCUGAGUCAGGCUGCGUGACUGACACACACACACAGGCAGGAUAUUGGAUGUUCAUCUUGUUUACUUUACAGUCAGCAGGUAAACGUGUGUGUGUGUGUGUGCGCGUGUGUGUGUGUGUGUGCACGCGCUCAUCAUCCUCACAGCAGGUGUCAAACAGGUGCGCCAUGGCAACACACCCCCAGGAGAACAGGACACGCCCCCUGCAGUCCACCCUCCCCCGCUCAGACUCUGAGCCGAUCAGACUCGUUGGACUGCGAUCAGAUUCACACACACCGACUGAUCAACUCCAGCCAACAUCAGUGUGACCUUUAACCUCUGAAGAGCACAGACCACGCUGAUAAUCAAUCGAUGAAGGUGACGGCAUGGCUCUUCCUCCCGACUGGUCCGGUCAGCUGCAGGUUCAGGUGGACUCUGCUUCUGGUCUUGGUUCUUGUUUCUGAUUGGUGGAAACGUCCUUGAGAGGUUCUCUCUGCGUGUUCAACAGCUGCUGUUAUUUCAACUGCAGCUCAGGUGUGACUCACAGAGCCUCAGGUAAUCCCAGCAGUCUCCGUGGUGACGGCGGGCUCUCAGCUGCUGCGAUAGCCUGCUGAAGCUGCUCGUCCUCGGCUCCUCGUUUCAGAAGAAACCAACAGCUGAUCGAUCAGCUGAUCAGAGAGCCUGCAGGUGAUUGGAUCACUUCGGCACGGUGCACGUUCCUGUCCUGCGAGUCCAUGUGAAGAUGGCGGACGUUUUGAGCACGCUGUACGCCGCUCUCAUGCUGCUGACGAGCGUGGCAUCCACCUGUGGGAACCUCCUCCUCCUGCUGGUGCUCCUGCUGAACAAGGAGCUGCGGUCCGACACGCUGGGCCUCACCCUGAGCUUUAGCCUUAGCGACCUCGCUCUCGGACUCUCCGCCAUCCCCUUCAGUGCGUACAACAGUCUCUCCCAGCCUGUCAGACACUCCAGUGAGGCCGCCGUCUGUCAGGGCGGUGGCUUCAUCUUCCUCCUGCUGCAGACCGCCUCCCUGCACUCGCUCGCCUGGGCCACCAUCUACAAGUUCACGGAGAUCUGCUUUGCCCUCAGCUUCCACAGCAUCUGGACGGCGGGGCGGAGCCGGGCGGUGCUGGUCGCAGUCUGGCUGUUCUGCCUGGCCAACGCCACCAUGCCACUGCUGGGUUUCGGCAGCUACGCCUACAGCGAGUCACGGUUCCUCUGCUGCCCGAGCUUCACCCCGGAGAACAGGUACUUUGUGCUGCCGUGGAUGGGGGCGGGCAUCGUAGCGCCGAUCCUCACCAUGUGCUCGCUGUACGGAUACAUCGUGUACGUGGCCAGGAAGCAGGCCAGGAGGGGAACCUUCAUGUGCAACGAGCUGCACUGUUUCUACGUUCCUGCCAACAACUACCUGAGGAGCUCCAUCGUCAUGGUCACCACCUCAGUGUGUUUGCUGGUCUGCUGGCUGCCCUACAUCUCUGUGUGUCUGUACGAGACGCUGAGCGGUCAGCAGAGUCCGUCCGUGACCGCCGCCCUCUCCUCCUGGCUGGUUCUGACCAGCGCCGCGCUCAACCCGUGGAUCACCUGCAUGACGCAGACGUGAGUCAGACUUUCUUUAUCGAAGGCUCCGAUCAGUUUUGAAGCAGUAAUGAAAUGUCACUAUGAUGCGCUCAUGAUGUCAUAGUGAACAGGAACGUCACUUCCUGUCUGUCUCUCUGUGACUCCAGCAGGUACAGGGCGGCGGUGCGCCGAAGUUUCCGCAGGUUCAUUCCGUGUGCCAGGAUGUUCCUGGAGUCCCGCUCCCAGAGCUCCGCCCUCCAUCUACCUGCGACCAAUCGCCUCAGCACAACAACAACAACAAGUACGACCGCAACACAGCCUCCAUCUUCUCCCAAAACACUAACACCACCAUGAUCCUCCCAUCACCAUCACUGGACCUGUGCACUCUGGGAAAUGUAGGCCAUACUUCUCAUCUUCUUCUUCAGCGUGGACGAGUUCUGACGUGACGUUGUGUUUGAAGACCGCACACUGAUGUUCAGCUGAUGAUCUCCCGCAGUCUCACAACACGAAACAUUUCCUGAUCCACUCAGAGUUACAAACAGUCCGAGCUCUUUCAGCUCCAUUUCAGCAGAGGUGUGUUUAUGCUGACGUGACCACAUCAGCACAGAGUAGACGGAGGACGAAGGUUAAACUGUUCCAUGGGCUCAGUUACACUGAGCGUUUAAACUCUGAGCUGGAUGCCGUGCUGCACGUGAACAGAGCUGAUAAACAGCCGGAGACUCUGGGAGUGACGAGCAGCUCGUGCAGCCCAGCAGGAUCGAGGAUGAUGGACAAACUCGGUGGAGCCUGGAAGUCAGCAUCUCCGCCCUGAUGUGUGCACUUCAAAUUCAAACUCAUUUCCUGCCUACUAUGACUGAGCAUCCUCUUAGAAAGACUGUGUCAGUUUGGCUGCUUUAGUUUUUUGCUGUUUUCAUUUUGA